CUGAGAGACCCACUCUCUGCCGACUGCUUUUCUCAUCAUGUUUAUACAAGGCUAUACAAAAAAAAAAAAAGUGCUGCAGAGCCUUGACCAUUCCUCCAUCACUCAUUAACAUACAUGCCUGCCGAGACCAAACGCAAGUUCCAGACAGGACAGCCCGUUUCCACCAGGAGGAGGGCCAAGAAGGUCAAACUAGCUGCUGUCCAGGCCCAGAAAGCUGCUACCACACCCUCGAAGAAGGACCAGCGCAAAGCGACAAGACCUUCAAGGCCUAGCAAAGAGCACAAGGCAACGGCACCAUCAGCAGCAGCAUACGAUUCUGAAGGAGAUUUGGAGAAUGAAGAGCAGGAUAUUGACCAUGACGAUGAAGACGAGGAUCAAUCUGACCUGGAUGGCGAAGACACACAAGAUCAGGGAGAGGAUAAUGGACAUCAUGUCUUGGCUGAGCACGAAUCAGAUAGCGACGACGACGAAGAUGAAGGAGCAGAGCAGGAGCCAAUUGGCAAGGGAAAGAAGGGCUACAGAAAAAAGACCAAGAAACCAAGUGGAAAGAAGGGCAAAGUCUUUGCAGAUACCAACGCGAUGCUGAGUAUUAUUGAUCAGGUGGCAGGAAAAGAAGAAGAGCGCGCGCAGGCCAAGCAAGCACAAAUGGGCAAGAUCAAGUCCAAAUUGAGUGCAAAGGAGCAGAAGCAGGCUGAGAAAGAAAAGGCGAAGAAGGCGCUAAUCGAAGAGAAGAUUGAGGAGAUCAAGCGGAAAAAGACAGAGAAGCGCAAGGAGUCGAAGCACAGGGCAGCAGAACAGGAAGCCGAGGCCAAUGCAUCCUCAGGCAAGAAGUCGGUAUCAUUCCAGAUGUAACAACAGCAAUAAUAAACCAGGGAAUGGACUCCGUUGCUAUGCAAUUGGAAUGAAGGC